AUGGGCCGGAUAAUAGAUUUAGUCCAUAAUAAAGAUCCAGCAUUUAUUUCAGAAGGAUUCAACAACUGGAAGAAAGCAAUGGAAAAGUUUAAGUUGCAUCAGACAUCUCAUACACACGUUUUGUCCGUCAAUCAAAUUGCAGCGGUGAAAAGGCCAUCGGUAAGUGCGCAAAUACAAACGCAGAAACAAAAGAAACAAGCAAUAGCAAGAAACUCCCUUUUGAAAUUGUUUACUUCAGUAAGAUAUUUACUGCGACAAGGCUCAGCAUUUCGUGGCCACGAUGAAUGUGAUGGAAGUUAUUUACAGCUCCUAAAGCUUAGAAUGGAAGAUGUUCCUGAUCUGCAGAUAUAUUUGAAAAAUACAACAAAUUUUACUUCGCCUUGUGCACAGAACGAGAUGAUAGAAAUGUUCAGUCACCAAAUUUUACGGAAGGUUGUCAGUGACAUUCAACAGAAUGAAUUUUACGUUGUUACUGCUGAUGGAACACAGGACAUAAGCGAUCAAGAGCAAGAGUCUUUUUGUUUGAGGCACGUUGACUCAGACCUAUAUGUACACGAAGAUUUUAUCGGUCUGUAUAUAAAGUUCCCAGUACUAACGGUGACGUCCUUGCUGGUACGCUCUUUGAUGUCCUGGCUCCGAGUGGAUUAUCCAUAA